AUGGCAAAAUACGAUUUUUCCCGCGACCAAGAACGUCGUGCUGGUUUUGAUGAUAUGACACAAAUGGACAAUGCGCCUCAUAUAUUCGCUGUUGCCGAGGAUAUGUACAGUAAUAUGUUAAUCGACAAUGAAAAACAAUGUGUCAUUAUCAGUGGUGAAUCAGGAGCGGGGAAAACAGUUUCUGCAAAGUUUAUCAUGGGUUAUAUUGCCGAAGUCUCAGGUGGUGGACAAAACGUCAAAAAAAUAAAAGAUGUUAUUUUACAAUCGACACCUUUACUAGAAGCAUUUGGAAAUGCUAAAACCAUUCGCAAUGAUAAUUCAAGUAGAUUUGGAAAAUAUGUUGAGAUUCGUUUUUCGCGUGGAGGUGAGCCGUACGGUGGUGUGAUAUCAAACUUUUUACUCGAAAAGUCUCGUGUUGUGUUUCAAGCUGAAAAUGAGCGAAAUUUUCAUAUAUUUUAUCAAUUACUAUCAAACAAAGAUUUUCGUCAACAAUAUUCAUUAUCUCCUGAUCUACGUUUUCAGUAUAUAAAUAAUGUUGGAACAUUUCGAGUGCCAAAAAUUGAUGAUGCAAAAGAUAUGAUUGAUACUCAAAGUGCAAUGGAUAUAAUUGGUUUAUCAAGACAGACAAAAGAAGAUAUAUUUACAUUAUUAGCGGGCAUUUUACAUUUGGGAAAUGUACAAUUUGGAGACAAAAAUAACUAUGCUACAGUAUUAUACGAUCGAGAUUUGCAACCUCCAUGCGCUUAUUUUGGAAUUGAACUUGAUUAUUUGAAAACAAAAUUAAUAUCAAAACGUUUAGAAUUCAAAGAACAUCAAGAAAAUAAAAUGAUUGAUCAAGCAUUUACUGUUGAAAAAGCUAUAUUUACACGUGAUGCCUUAGCAAAAUCUAUUUAUUCUCGUAUAUUUGAUUAUUUAAUACAAGAAAUAAAUCAAGCAAUGUAUACACAAACAGAUACAGAUUUAUCCGUUGGAAUAUUAGAUAUAUAUGGAUUUGAAAUAUUUGAAAAAAAUAGUUUUGAACAAUUUUGUAUUAAUUUUGUUAAUGAAAAAUUACAACAAAUAUUUAUUGAAUUAACAUUGAAAGCUGAACAAGAAGAAUAUAAACGAGAAAAUAUUCAAUGGGUACCAAUUAAAUAUUUUAAUAACAUUGUUGUCUGCGAUUUAUUUGAAGCGAAACAGCCUCCAGGCAUGUUUCUUUUGUUAGAUGAUGUUUGUGCAUCAUCUCAUGCCACAACAGAAAGAGUCGACAAAAGUUUUCUACAUAAAUUGACUGGCAUUUCUAGUCAAUAUUUAAUCGUAUCUGAACCCUGUUUUACCGUUCGACAUUAUGCUGGAGAAGUUCAAUAUAAUGCAGAUCAAUUUUGUGAAAAAAAUCGUGAUAUUUUAAAUAUUGAUUUAAUAGAAAUGAUGAAAACAAGUACAAAACCAUUUGUUGCUAAUUUAUUUCCUGAACAAACAGCUCAAAUUAAAGCACGACCAUCUACAGCUGGCACAAAAAUUCGAAAUCAAGCAAAUUUACUGGUUGAUAAACUAAUGAAAUGUCAACCUCAUUAUGUUCGUUGUAUAAAGCCAAACGAUACUCAAUCACCGAAUGUCUGGGACUCUACCAAUGUUGUUGAUCAAGUAAAAUAUUUGGGACUUGUAGCCAAUAUUGACGUACGAAAAGCUGGAUUUGUUUAUCGUCGUGAAUUUAACAAAUUUUUAAAUCGUUAUGCUAUUUUAACAAAACAAACAUGGCCAAAAUGGAAUGGUAAUGUAAAAGAAGGUGUAAUGCAUAUUAUUGAUCAAAUGCAUAUUGAUAGAAAAGAAGUACAAAUGGGUGUAACAAAAGUUUUUGUUAAAUCACCUGAAAGUUUACAUUUACUCGAAGAUAUGCGUCUAAGAAAAUUUGAUAAUUAUGCUCGUAUUAUUCAAAAAGCCAUGAAACGAUAUUGUGCUGUUCGUGUUUAUCAACGACAACGUGAACAGGCAACUGACUUAUUGUAUACUAGAAAAGAGCGUAAUGCUCGUUCAUUAGAUCGUGAUUAUCUUGGUGAUUAUUGUAAUUUACAUUUACGACCAGAUCUUCAAAAAUUAGUUCCUCGAAAUGAAAAAAAUGAAUUUAGUUCUUAUUUAUACAAAUAUGAUAGAAGAUUUCGUCGUCAAGGACGUUAUCUAAUUGUAACAAAUCAAGCAAUAUAUCUCAUUGAUGAAGAAUGUGUAAAAGUUGGAAAUUCUAAAUCGGGUACUGGACAUGCGAAAAGUGGAAGACAAGAUGAAGGCUUUAUGCUACAAUAUCUAGUCAAACGUCGAAUAUUGUUAGAAGCAAUUACAGAGAUUAAAAUGAGGUAUUUUGAAUACCGUGACAAUUUUUUUCUAUUAUGUGUAUCAAAUGAUUAUGCAUCUCUACUUGAACUGAGUAGUAAAACAGAAUGUUGCUCGAUUAUAGCAAAAAAUUAUUUGAAAAAAACAAAUCGUAAUUUACCAAUAUCAUUUGGACAAGGAUUUGAGUACACCGUGAAAAAACAAAAGUUGAGUACUGGUGGUACACGCAGUUUGAAGUUUUCAUAUUCGGGAACAAAUUCAUCUACAACAAUUAAUCAUAUUGAUCCAAAUAAAUUGAAGAAAGCAACGGAUAUGCCACGUGAUUAUGAUGUAAAAAUUAAUGGUAAAACAAUGUCCAUAAUGGUGUCUCAUGGUUUAUCAAAAAAUUCUAGACCAAAUCAGACUAAUGCAGAACGUCCACAAGGUUUACAGUUUAAAUCACAAAAUAAUUCAUCAAAAAAUAUGAAACAUCCCUCUCGUCCACCGGUAAAACCGCCACGUCCUACAGCAAGUAAACCGACAAAACAAAAACGUUUACGUACUUUGUAUGAUUUCAAUGCUCGAUCUGCUGACGAGUUAUCAUUUACUGCCGAUAUUGAAUUAUUAUUAGUGGAUAAUUCAGAUGCUACUUGGUGGAAAGCUGAAUAUAAAGGUUCAGUCGGUGUUGUUCCAAGUAAUUAUGUUGAAAUUAUAAAUUAA